AUGACGACUUUCGAGACUCCCGCCUCCGCGGCAGUCGCAUCCUCUCCUUCGCCGCGUGGCCUUCAAUAUAACCACUUACCUCUAGCACACAACGACGAGCCGGCUCCACCGCAGAUCCUCUUCCCCACCGUUGCUACCGUCCUCGACAGUCCCACCGCCUCCUCUCCGCCUAGGCCCACCAUCUCGCCGUCGUAUUCGUCCUCGUCCACAUCCUCUUACGCCUCCUCCGACGUGCGCCAAGAUCCCUCCACGCCUCGGUCCAGCCACACCGCCGUCAGCAACAGAGGCUUCCGCUUGCCUCGCUUCUCCUUGUGGGGCCGCAGGACUCCAGAGAGCCUGCUCAUCGACAACAAUAAAGCCAGCCCACAGCAGUCGUCUCAUGCCGACGUCGAUCUCGACAAGCUCCACAUUCAAGAGCAAACCUGCUUGACGCCCACGUGGAACGUCGAUUCCUUGCUAGAGGAUCGAGCUGCUCACACUCCGGAGCUCAGCCUGCCACCCGCCCCACUCGCCUCAUCAGCCUCGCCCAUGCCAGCCCUCACAGCUCACGCCCCGGCCGAGCCACCAUCCAUGUCUACGCCAAAAUCCGGCUCGGUCUGGCGUCUUCGUGGCGGCCUCUUCGCAGGCUCUACCUCCAGCGCAUCCAAGGACUCCCCCAACAGGAUUCCUUCCACCUCGGCGAAUCAGGCGCAAUCUCAGGACAUUUCCGUGCCUACACCACCCUCGCAAUUUGCCGCUUGGUCAGAGCUCCUCCACGGGCCUUGCCAACCCCAUCGCUCCGCCACCUUCAGCAGCAUCUCCUCCGCAUCAUGCAGCAGCAGCUCGCGACCAAAUGUCAGGAAAAUGCGCAGCCAGGAGAGCAUCCGAUCAGUGCUUUCGGCUCGUGCAUCCGAGCCCGACCUUGAGCAUUCCUACAGCAGCCUUCCAACCCCCAAGCUGGUCAAGACAAAGCUGCGCUCCAAGUCCAAAAGCAGCAAAGAGCUCGACUUUGACAAGGUAUUCCUCGCUCAGGAGCUUUACUCAGCCGUUUCGCCUAGCCUGCUCGGAGGCACGUCCAACGGCCGUGGCUCCGAGUCAUUGAGCCCCUCGUGUGCUCAACAGGAGUUCCUCGCUCAGCCGGGCCAGGACAGCGUGUCCAGACGAAGGAGCUGGGCACCUCGUCGUUCCACCUCACCGCGAGCUGCUGCCGCCCGUUUGUCUGCAGAAAUGCUGGCUGCUCCUCAACCCCGUCGCAGUGCUUCCCAGGCGGCUCCGAUGCAGUCGCAGAUCGGCGAUCACCAAGAGCAAGACGAAUACUAUCCGCACGGCCGCAAGGUCGCUCGUCAGCUCAGCACCAGCAGCUACAUCACCUCCGCCUCGUCCGGCACUACCGCCUCAUCUGCCAACACGGACCACAACGACGUAGCUGACGGUCAGAUGCCCAAGUCUCCCACGCCGUCCGCCGUCAGCGCCUUCGGCGACCUGGAAGUGCCGGAGGAGGGUAAAACAAAGAAGGCCAAGACUCCGGCGCGCAGGUUUUAUGCGCUUCAGUUCUCCCUCGACGGUCGAUAUCUAGCCGCGGCAGGCUCCGACCAACGCAUCCGUGUCUACGAGGUGGUCAGCUCGCCAGCCGAGCGUUCCGAAGAGAUUGAGCUCGCGCAGCUAUCGCGCCAGGAAGAUGUCUGCCACAGAAAGCUUUCGUCCGCAUGCUCCCAGAAUGGCAACCCGUCAAGUCGAGCCCAGCCAAAGAGCGACGGCAGCGCUGCUACCCCGGAAUUCGCUCCCGUCUUCAAGUCGACACCUGUGCGCGUCUUUGCUGGCCAUGUCGGCGAUGUGAUGGACCUCUCCUGGAGCAAGAACAACUUCCUGCUGAGCUGCAGCAGCGACAAGACCGCCAAACUGUGGCAUCCCAACCGAGCCGAGUGCCUCUGCACCUUUUCCACGGCGGCCAUUGUCUCGUCGGUCGACUUUCAUCCGCGCGAUGACCGUUUUUUUGUCACUGGAGGACUAGACGGCAAGUUGCGGUUGUGGAACAUCGCUGCACGUCGUGUGCAGGCGAUUCACGACGUGCCCGGCGUCAUCACUGCCGUUGCCUUCUCAUCGAGUGGUGAGGCAGUAUGUGUCGGGACGCACGCCGGAUCGCUGCUCACCUUUGCGUGCUCAGACACACUCAGCCUGCUCAACACGGUCUCGGUCAGGUCGCUGACUGCCAGCAAGAACACGCAGGCGAGUAAGAUCACCAGCAUUCAGCCGAUCAAGUUGUCCGACUCCAUCAGUGGGACCGGCACCGACGGCGCGCAAGAUGGCAAGGGGCCACACCCGGCGUCCAAGGGCGAGUUCAUGACGGUGACGUCCAACGACUCGCGCGUGCGCAUCUACUCGAUCGGCGCGCGCCGGCUCAUCUCGCGCUUCAAGUCGACGAGCUACCUGAACCGCAGCAGUCAGAUCCGUGCCACAGCGUCAUCUGAUUCGCAAUUCCUCGUCUCUGGUAGCGAGGACGCCUCGAUUCAUGUGUGGAGUCUGGCCACCAACGCUACCCUGCUCGCCUCGCUGCUGCCGGCAUCGCUUCUGGGCAUGAAGCGGAACAAGUCGAACAAGGCGGUCAAGGGCGCACCCGAUGCGGGCGACAACUCGACGUGGCGCUCGUGGAGUGCGGCAAGUUCGGGGAGCAUCCGCUGCGCCGUCUUUGCACCCGCAGCUACCUCUGAGCUGCUCGCCCUCGCCCAAGACCCGCUCACUUCCAGUGCGGGCCCGCAGACAUUUCAGUCGCGCAUCAUCGUGUCCACCGACGACUCGGCUGGCCUCAAGGUUUGGCGCACGGAUCCACACGGCCGCCUCAUCUGA